CCGCGCGCCGCGGUGCGCCCAGAGCGGCGGCCGCUUCCGGGAGGGCUGGGGCGACCCUACCCCGGCGGCUCCUCCAGCCCCCGGGAGUGGGGGGCGAGGGGGUUGGUCCGGCCUGAAGCGCGGUCCCAGCCACGGUCCUUCCCGCGCCACCCGCGCCUGCGCCCCGCUCCCAGUCCCUUCGCUCUCGGCCAGCCGGUCCUUCCGUCCCGGGCCGCCCGCCCGGUGACUCUGCCGAGCCCCCUGCACCCCCAGCUCGGCCUCGGCCCCGCCGCCAGCGCCCGCGCUGCCCCGCUCCGGCUCGGGUCCCUCGGAGCUCAAGUUUCGACCCUCCGCCGGGUCGGGUUCCCGGCGCUCCUCGCUUCUGCGCCAUCCAUCCCCGCGCGGGGCUCUCGCCCACCAAGCCCCGCACCCCUCAGCCACCCCCAGCUUCCGCGAGGCCAAGCCCUCGUCCGUCCAGGACAGGUUACCGGACCAGCUGGAGGAGGCGCCUGUGAGCGGUGUGACCCUGUGCACCCGCCCCGUGAUUCCCCCAGAGCUACCCCCAGAAUUCCUUUUUGGGCUAGGGUCGCGAGGGACGCGGCGCAGUUGAGUACUCGACUAGGGAAGGGACCUCCAAUCUCUGUCUCCCCACCUCCCAAAGCUCAUAGCAGGAAACUGGCUUGGCUGAGAAGACCCAGGCCUAAUAACCUGGGGAGCUGAGGAGCACCCAGAAGAAAGUGGAAAAGCUGGGAGAUCUGAGGGUCGAAGUGGUGGCCCUUCCCUUUUGUGGGCAUUUCUGAUCUGGGGGCCAGCUGCAACCUGUGGUCUGUCACUGCAAGAGAAAGAAGAGGAAAAGACAGACCCUAAAAGAACUCAGAUAGAAAGACACACCUGUUGGAUGUGCAGGAUGAGCAGGAGCCACGGAGAGAAGGAGAAAGAAUGAGUGAGAGAGAGCCCAAGGCAGGCAAGUGGCCCACCCCCAUCAGCAGGGCUGUGCCUCAUGCUAGCUCCUGCAGGAAAUCCAGCAGCGCUGUAUGCCACUCCUCUGGUUUGUCAAGGCACUGUUAUAGGUUGUAGCUUGGCAUCGCAGGCCGAAGAGGAUAGGGGUUAGAGUAAAAAAAUCUGUUUUCCGGAGCCGGAAACCGGAGCGCUAAGCAGGGAAAGGAUUUGAAGUUCCGGCUGGCGAGGGAAGCGAGGUGCUCAGCGCGCUGCCCGCUGGGGCCCAACGCACUGACGCCGCGGCCAGGGGCGCGGUCACCGGCGCUGCCACCGCUCACUCUGUCCCCUCCGAGGACCUUCGUUGUGGAUCGCAGGGUCUGACUGUGGUACAGACCUCCAUGACCCGGUCCCAGGUCGCCCUGCUGGGCCUGGGCCUGCUGUUCAUGCUGCUACUGUACGUGGGGCUGCCAGGACCCCCUGAGCAGACCUCCUGGCUCUGGGGAGACCCCAAUGUCACGAUCCUGGCUGGUCUCACCCCUGGCAGCUCCCCCAUUUUUUACCGCGAGGUGCUCCCACUUCACCGGGCCCGCAGGGUGGAUGUGGUGCUGCUCCAUGGAAAGGCCUUUAACUCCCGGACAUGGGAGCAGCUGGGCACACUGCAGCUGCUGGCGCAGAGGGGCUACCGGGCCGUGGCCCUUGACCUCCCAGGUUUUGGGAACUCGGCACCUUCGAAGGAGGCAAGCACAGAGGCAGGGCGGGCACAGCUGUUGGAGCGAGUGCUGCAGGACCUAGAGGUGCAGAAUGUCGUGUUGGUGAGCCCUUCGCUGAGUGGCUGCUAUGCCCUGCCCUUCCUGAUGCAAGGCCACCACCAGCUGCAUGGAUUCGUGCCCAUUGCACCUGCGUCCACCCAGAACUACACCCAAGAACAAUUCCAGGCCGUGAAGACCCCGACUCUCAUCCUGUAUGGGGAGCUGGACCACAUCCUGGCUUGGGAGUCACUGCGGCAGCUCCGCCACCUGCCUAACCACUCUGUGGUGAAGCUGCGCGAUGCAGGCCAUGCCUGCUACCUCCACAAACCACAAGACUUCCACCUCGUCCUCCUUGCCUUCCUUGACCAUCUGCCUUGAGCUCACCCACUGUCCAGGCCCCAGGCCUGGCCUGAGCUUGGAGGAUCUGGACCAGUCCCCACCAGGGAGGCAGCCCCUGGGGUUGGAGGGCAGAGGCCAGAGGGCUAGGCCCAGUCAGGACCUCUCAUUUCAUCUCAGAGGCACAAUAAAAAAAAGCAUUUUUGUUA